AUCACAUUACUCGCAGUAAAUUCACCAGCUGCAUAACGUCCAAACGCUGGAGUGGAAGCGGACAAGAGGGUAGGAAGCGGUGGGGUAGUUGCAAUUUAAAACUGCUGCGCAUUGGCAACCAUUUUUGCAGCAGCAGCACCAGAGGCAACAUGCUGGGAGCACGUGUUCUUCGCGCAGUAAUCGCUGGCCUGCUCACCAGCACCGCCACCGGCCUCAUCGCGCCGCGCAGCAGUGCGACACAGCCUUUGGGUGCAAACCGUUUGCCAGUUCGCCACGCGCACGACGACGCUGCAGCCGCUGCUCUUGAUUCGUUCGACGACCUGGCGUCGCUGGAGCGGCGGCUCGCGGCGUUGGACGAUGGAGUGGUGCCGAAACUGCGGGGCUUCUUCGACACGGAGCUCAAGUCGUUCGCGCUGGAGCCCGGCGUGACGCGCAAUUACUCCGUGACGAGCAGCGCCAUCUGCAUUGGUGCUUUAUUGGACGCCGACGCGCUGGACGAAUUUCCAGCGGUGACGAAAGCAUUAGCGGAGGCGCCCUGGCGGACCGACGACCUGCUGCAGGCGCCGCUGGUGGUCUCGGCUCUGGCGCGCGCCGCAGUGGGACCGCCGUGCACGGACCGAUUGGCGGGCGCCGUCGAGGCGCUGCUGGCCUGCCGGCCGCACCUUCGCGACUGGAGGCGGCAGAAGCUGUCGAGCUACCUGACGUACUGGCUCACGCGGGCGCUGCUCGACGUCGCCGACGCGGAUUUAGUGGAAUUCCUUGGCAUCGAUUCAAUGGCCAUGGCGUUCGCGCUGAAAAGAUCGUUUCAGGUGGCACGGGACGAACUCUGCCGCCAGCUGGCCUACGACUCGAUGGGCGAGCCGGCCGACGCGACACGCGUCGCGUAUUCGCUCGCGACGUACGCGUCCGUGGGCGCCGCUAGGGAUCAAAUCAAUGCGUUCGCGACGCGCGACGAAGUCCGCUGCGACGGCGAUGGAGAUAGAGACGGCAUCGAGGCGCCGAACCUCAAGCUCUGCGCGCGCGCGCUCGACGUCUUCUUCGGGGCGCAGCGCGAGGACCAGUGCAUAAAUCAAAUUGUCGCGACGCUUUCCACAGGUUGAUUUACGCACAGGCGACGACGGAACAUGGGCUCCGGGCCAAAAAAUAUUCGUGCGGUCGCGACGGUCCUUCGUACGACAUGGCGUCCAGUGAGGGGCCUUCUCCAUGCAACAUUCGUCGACGCGACGCGCGGUCGUGCACACAGGACGUUGGCAACGCUUUCGUUUUCAGCCCCGACGCGCUCGCGACGGUUUUGGCGCUGCCGCUGCCGCGCGCGGCGUUCCGGCCGCACGUGGCGAAGAUCGAGCGGACCUGCGCCUGGCUCGAGCGGCAGGACCGCGGCGGCGGCGGCUGGCGGAGCGACCACCUCGAGGAGGGCUCGGGCGCGCCGCUCGCGUGGUCGACGGCGCAGGCGCUCCAGUGCGCGGGUGCCGCGUCCAAGGUCGUGGGAGACCUGCUGAACAAAAGGAUCCUCGCGGAGUUCGGCGGGCGCGAGGGCAAGGCCCCCGACGCGACGGUGUUCGAAGGGCUCUUGGAUUCGGACAUGGCAUGUUGUCUGUGUCUUCAAGGUCCUUCGACGCCGUUGACGCGCGGCCGACACUCACUCGUCGGUGUCCAUACAGGCGAGCGACUCGCUCAAGGACAUUUUACGGUCUCGCAUCAUCGAACCACGUACGCAGAGCGGGUCGCUCUCGCCGACAGCCUAUAGCGCGGUGUUGUUCGGUCCACCUGGCACGGCGAAAACCACGACCGCUGAAAGCGUCGCCGCGGCACUCGGCUACGGCUUCGUUGUAAUCGACACGGCCGUGUUCCUCGAAGACGGUCUCGCGAACAUCGCGUCGCGCAUGGCCUACGUCUUCGAUCGCCUGGAGCGACUGAGAGACUGUGUGAUUCUCUUCGACGAAAUUGAAGAGUUCUGCCUCGACAGGACGACGCCAGGCCUAGGUAUGGAGUCGCGCAUAUUAACGACGGCGAUGCUGACGCGGCUGAACGAUCUGCGACGGGCGGAGCGGAGCAUCUUUCUCGUCGCGACCUGUGUGGAAAUCAAAAUUUUACGGCACGUUCGUGCUGAAUCAUCGCAUCAUCCUCCACGCCAUCGACGCGACGCCUGCUCGAUGGCGAGGCGGUGCCGGUUCCUCAUCGCUCGACCGAGCCAGGACGGCCGCGUUGGCACCCGACGCACUGGUUGAUUUCCACACAGGUCGCGACGAACCGACUCGCGGCGUUCGAUAGCGCCGUGGUAAGGCCGGGCCGCCUCGACAUGCUGCUCUUCGUGGGUACGCCGAACGUCGCCGCUCGCGCGGCGCGCUUUGAGAUGUCGCUGCCUGGGCCCGACGCGGCCGCGGCCGCGACGUUCCGCGAAUUUCUCGAGGAUACCUGGGAAAGCGACAGUCGCUUCUUGAAUUAUAUGGAGAGCGAACGCUUCCGGGCCGCGGCGCUUGCGUCGCUCGCAGACGGUCCUCUGAAAACCGACUGCCUCCGCGCCGUCCUCAGUGACGUAGUCCGGACCUCCAUCCUCCGCGACGAAAGUGCCAGAGAGGAGUACUGCGACAACGUCGCGCUUACGCGUUUGUAAUCUUAGCAAGUAUAUACAGUCGUCACGCCCUGUUGUUUCUUUUACCCCGGUCGGUGUAGAUCACAGUAUCACGUAGUUACUUGCUAGAGAGAGACGAGGAGCCCGUCUACUUCCCCAGCGCCGCGACGUCCUCGAAGAGCUUGGCGUCGGAGCGGUGCUGUGAGUCGUGCAAGCACCUCCACGCCAUCAAGCAAUAAUGCGGCGUACAAAGUCGCGUCGACGGCGUUCAUUUGAAGGUAAAUCAACGCUGCCACUUGCCCGCUCGCCGUCGGCCUAGUGUCAAUAGAGUCGUCCCGCCGGAGCGGCGUAUUGAUGGAGAUUCGGUGUGGGGUUUAUUAUAUUGCAACGGUGACGGCGAGGUCGAACGCAACGAACUCGAGCGCGGCCUAAGGAUAGGCCUAUUUUAUUGGCUCGCUUCGUUUUCCAAACAUCUCCUCGCGAUCCCUUCCAACGCCACACGUCGUGAACGGCCGCGAGCAACGCGGCGUCAUCCAUAUCAACCCACUCGCAACCAACAGAUUGGCAGCCUUUGACUCCGCCGUCGUGCGGCCGGGCCGCCUCGACAUGCUCCUGUUCGUCGGCACGCCUAAUUUGGCAGCCCGCGCGGCGCGCUUCGAGGCGUCGCUGCCCGCGCCCGACGCCGCUAUCGCAUCCGCGGUGUUCCGCGAAUUCCUCGAGGAGACGUGGGAGAGCGACUCGCGGUUUCUCAACUUCAUGGAGUCCGAGCGCUUCCGGGCCGCCGCGCUUGCGUCCAUGUCGGAGAGCGGAGCCCUCUCGGCCGAUCGGCUCCGCGCCAUCCUCGGCGACGUCGUCCGCACAUCGAUCCUCCGCGACGAAAGUGCUCGAGAGGAGUACAGGGACAACGUCGCGCUCACGCGUCUGUAA